AUGCCGCCCAGGGCUUGUGAUGCUUGCAAGCGACGCAAGGUCAAAUGCAACGGAACGCACCCAUGCGGAACAUGCUGCGUUUCUAAUAUCGCCUGUCAGUAUACCAUUGUGCCGAGGAAACGAGGACCCAAAGUUACACGCCUACCCGAGAGCCUUGAACAUUCGUCACGACAAAUGGUGAAUGAAGGUGGUAUUCGGCGUCAUCUUUUCCGAGAGGAUCACAGUCUUGGUCAGCCCAGUACACCAUCAACCGCAGAUCUUCAGUCGGGAUACAGUCCUCGAGAAUGGCCCUCGCCAGGCGUUCCUGUUUUUUCACCAGGCUCUGACGCCAGCAACCUGUCACAGCCAUUUGGGUCCAAUCCACAGAUGAUCUGGGAGAUGCUUGUUAGCAGAGUCAACUCUGCUCUAUCACCAGUAUCCAUUCUCGACGUUGUGGACUCCUGUAUCGACAUUUACAUGCAAUACACCUUCCCAUGCUGCCCGAUUGUUCAUGAAAAGAGCCUUCGGGAAUCUAAUGUGGAGCUCUUCUCGGGACAGUCUGGUUCAUCCAUGUUUCGAACUGGAGAUGAGCAGCAACUUGUCCGUUUCAUGAGGGCUUUUGCUAGCUUAACAGCGGUAUGCGCAGCCGUUUCGGCGACGAUGCCCCAGACGCUACUCCCAUAUCGACAUUUAGUCGUGCAACCAUUUCUACGGGCAUCUAGAGAUAUGCUUCAUGUUUAUGAAGACUACGACCUGGAGCAUUCCGACUCAACCUCCUUGAUUACGCGAAUGUUUCACUCGACAGCUCUUCAGCAUACCACAGGCAAGACAGGAGCAGCAUGGAGCAUCUUCAGCCAGGCCGCGCUUCUUGCACAACGCAUGCGACUGUACAGUGAGCGAGACGUCAGGCGAAACGACCUAAUCGAGACGCAAUUACUGCGUUUUCGGUUCUGGCAUCUCUACGUAUCGGACCAAGCGGCUUCCUUGAUGCGCAACAGGGUUUUUGUGUUGCAAGAAUCUCUUUUUGAAGGGGAGAUGACCCUAGAUCCUAUCGGGGAGGGAGGACCAGGGUUACUCGACAAGGGCCAACCAAGAUAUCAAGAUCCGUUCGAGGAUCGCGCAUUCUCAGGGUAUCACUUAACGAGGCGUCUUUGGGCAUCAGCAGCUGGACUGAUGGCUUUAAUGCGCAAGUACGCUCGCAAAGAAGCUCAUUGCAAGCCAGACAUGAGGAGAGAAAAGAAGAUGAAAAUGACAGGACAGUUCUUGGAAUUCACGAGCAUGGUCGAUGAGCUCCCUCCAUGGCUUGAGUCUCCCGACACGUUUGAGUUCUCUCAAGACAAAGAGGUGCUUGUGUUUCAGAGGACAUUUUUCUCGGUCCAGCGGAGCAACCUAAUUUUGGGACUUCAUUGCUUCCACCUUGUCCUUCUCCAGCAGGCUAUCGAGUAUGGUCUAUCCGACAUUAUGGGGCUACAUGAUCAAGACCUCACGCUUGCCAUGAAAAAGACGGAGAUUAUACACGAGUUUCUCGUUGAGGUGAACAGGGUCCCUCUUCUGUGUCUUCAGGUUCAAGGAGAGCCAACUGUUGAACGGUUUCGAAGGGUUGGAAGUGCUCUCCUCGAAGUGAUUCAGAAUGUCGACAAUGAGACAAUCAGGACACGGUCAAGGUCGUACUUGACGCAGCUUCUUGAUACACUGUCGAGGCUGGAUUCGAAAGCCUCAGAUGAGCUCAACAGUGAGCAACUGAGCAUCUGCUUCAUGCCAAAUCCCGACUCUACAGAUCGGAUAAUGCCCACAAGGGAAGAAUGGAUCCUGUCGCAAGCCGCGCCCACCAAGGAGGAACUUUAUGCAGGCGACGGCUGCCACCUAGACGAGGCGAUAUGCCUAAUCGACUACCUCAACAACAAUAUCACAGCCCAAGAAGCUGCAACCGCCAUAACCAAGCCAGUCCUACAAGAAGAUGAUCCACAGGAACAGCUCUACCGUUUAAUGGCUCUCCUCUGCGAAGCCCCAGUUGAGCUCCCUGCCGACCGCGAAAAGCUCUAUGAUCUACUCUUCGCCAUUCAAGCACUUCCACCCGAAGCAGGCAUCAACUGGAUAGAUCUUCCAGGUUUUGCAUCCAUGUGGUGCGAUCUGCUUCGACUUGGUUUUGAUGGAUCAGAUACUUGGGGGGAAGAAUUGCUCUCUUCUGACAGGAAAGCAGAGCUAUGCCAACACUUUGAAGCUGUCGGGUCAGUCGAGGCGGAACUCUACUUGCGUAAUCUUGGAGGCGUAUCAGAUAUUUGGGCUUACGAGAUCAUAAACCAGACACCAUGGCUGGUUUUUGGGAACAUUGGAGGAACACAUUCAUGCAGCUGA